AUGUCUGCCCCAUGCGCCUGCCCCGGUGGGUAUGGCUCGACGGCGAAGGAUGGAUCAUUGCAUAUCCUUGAUCUUCCCUUGGAUAUGCUGAAGGCGAUCCUCAGAGAGAUCUACCUGGCUUCGCUAAACGAUGCUACACAGAUGAGAGACACUGAUCUUACUUCACUUGCGCUUGUCAACUCGACCAUGCACAGCCUCGUGACACCAGUACUGUAUAGACGUUUUGACAUCAUAUGGCCGGACGAUGAUGCCCCUUCCGAUCCCAAAUUGGGCGUUGAUGCGCUGACAUUCGGACUCUCAACGCUUGCAAUGAGGGAUGACUUGUACCACAAGGCUAAGUCUGACACGCCGCCUGAGUCUGUCAGAUGUGGUGCAUGCGGUCAUGUCAAUCAUGCAAGCGCAGAAAUCCUGACACCAUUUGUCAAAUCGCGUAGAGGGAACUCGUACUCUCAUUUCGUGAAAACGUUCUCGUUGAGCAAUGGGCCUGAGGAAAUGAUCAGGGACUACGUUAUCACUAAUGAACGUGGGAAGUUGCUGGGUACCCUGGUUGCAAUUUGCAUAGCUCGCAUGCCGAAUCUUGAGGAGUUCAUCUGGGACCUGCCAAGUGGGAUUGUAAGAGAUAUCUGGAUCUCAUUGUCAUCAUUAGGUGACGAACAGCCUUCGAUGCUCGGCAAGAUUCAUGUACGCUUCCAUAACAACAGCAAAGCGUACAAGGAGGCUGGUCUUGUUCGAUCAAGCAGCUCGACAGCUGCACCUCCAGCUACAUCAGGUCCACACCCGUCGUCAGGCUCGGCUUCACAGACUAGCGCAAAAGAUAAGUACCUUGUAUACUCCAACAAUUACGUGGAGUCUCCAAAUUUCUCAAUCCUUCCGCCUCUGCGGUCAAUCAGUGCUAUCGCAAUCGACGAGCUCACCAAUCUCCACGAACUAGGUGUUUUGAUCGCAAAGUCUGUUGACAAGCUCCGAGAACUUGCUGUAGGGAUGGCACUCAGCCUAUGUACAUCAGGGAUGCCUGAUGCUCAGAUAAAUGAUCUUCUGGCUAAUAAGGGCGAAGUUGGCACACUGGAUGUUUUGUUUCGUGCUCUCCUCCGAAUUGGCCUAGACGACGGAGUAGCUCGCAUUUCUGGGGAAAAUCAGCGCGAUACCGAAACAGCCGAGUUAAUGCAAGAGCCAACGAGCUUUGAGGAUGUCGUUGGCAUCGAAGCUCCUAUGAACUCUCCAAUACAGCAGGCUCAAACGACUGAGAAUGCUCUUUCUGACACCAUCGACAUGGAAAGUAUCGACCCGGUACUAGCACCAUCGAAGCCUCCCAUCCCUGAGGAGGAGAAAACCUCUCUUCAUAGUGGAAAGGAACUCUAUGCACAGGAGAAAGACUCAGACAUUACGACUGCUUUGCCAAAAACGACUGAGGACCUACAAAAACAAGGACUGAGGAUUCCGACGCGAUUGAUCCAAAAAUUGAAGCUAGAGGUCCUGGCGCUCGAGUGGCAUUGCAUUCAACCGAGAAUACUCACGGACGCGAUCGACUGGACCAUGCUCACAAGCCUGACACUUCUCAAAUGCAUAGACACACCGAGUCUAUGGCGCCAUCUCGCCUCCGAAUACGCCCCCCUUCAGUCACCUAAGUCCUUCAUAGACUCACUUCCUGCCAACUCAUUCGACAAGAAAAGUCGCGACUUCCCACGACUCAGACGAAUGCCAUCCUCGCCACGCGUAGUCGAACAAUCCAAGCCCACCUACCGCCUCAGACUCAAACGUAUCCACACUGAUUCUGUCUCCACCGAGCUAAUCAUCUUCCUCCAGAAAACCCUCGUCCCCCACAGCCUAGAAUGGCUCUUACUCCGCAACGACUCUGCCGUUGUAUCCACAGUCACCAUGAAUCAAAUCUACAACGGGGUAUUGAAACGACACCGGCGCUCCCUCACAAAAGUUCUUCUGAACAGCUACGACGGUCUCACGCGAAGCUCGCACAAGAAAUGGAUGCUCCAACGCGACCAUCUAGCGCACAUGUUUGCCGUGCCCCCCACCAACAACAACAACAAGUCGAAAUUCCCCCGCAUCCGUGAACUCUCCUUCUCCCUUGACUACAAAGACUGGCACUUCUUCCUGCAACAGCUACUCAACAUACCGACUCUUCGCUCCCUGCACCUUCCGCACAUCAUUAGCCAUGUCUGGGGCGCCGCGUUCAGCGCGAGAGAAGUCGCGAAGUGCGUGGUCGAUAUUGUGAAUUUGAGGAAGGAGUGCGAACUAGCGUAUUUGGCGAUCUAUGACAAGUGCUUUGAGGUUGUAGAAGCGCCUGUGAAAGCGCGAAGCUGGAGGAAGAAGGGCCAGGGCGGUGGUGAUGUAAAUGGGGGAGGGGCUCAGGAAAGCAGUAGUGAGGAUUAUACGCCUGGGCCGAGUGACGAGGAUAAUGAUGAAGCUGACGACGAUGAUGAUGACGGUAGUGAAGACGGUGGAAUUGAUCCUGAGGAGGAAGCUCUGGAUCGGGCAGUAGGUGUCUAUGAUAAGGAUUCCUCCGAUGAAGAGGAGGAAGCGUUGAUGGCGUCGGGAAACAGGCCGCCGCAGGUGAAGUUAAGAUUGAGGGAGAUACUGUUCUUUGAUAAGAUCGAGAUUUUUAAUGCGAGGAAGGGGGGCUUAUGA